UCAUUUGUCAGAGAAACCCAUUUGCCCCAACUUAGCAGAAGGAUACAACUAUGGCGAAUAGUCUUCCCUGGGAGAUAAUCGCAGACAUUCUCAGCCGACUGGCUGUGAAGGAUUUGCUGCGCUACAGGUGCGUGUCGAAACCAUGGUGCUCACUUAUCGACGGCCCUGAUUUCAUCAAGCUCCACCUCAAGCAGUCCCUGGAAACCACCUCCCACCACCGCGUCAUCUUCGGAGACCGUACCGAACUCUACUGGGUUGACUUGGUCACUCUUGACUCGGCCGUACGACUCCCUUACCCAAUAGACAUCGGACGCGGAAUCGACGUGCUCGGCGGCUGCAAUGGCCUUGUUGCUCUGGCGAAUAAGGGCGGAGAUGUGGCUAUCUGGAAUCCAUCCACUCGAAGUUACAGGACUUUGCUCAUUUCUGAACACGAGUUCUACUUUCUCUCAGAUUCUUUCGAAUUUGUCAUGUCGGGAUUUGGGUACGACCCUAUUGCCGAUGAUCACAAGUUGUUGAUGAAGAUGUUUUAUACUCUUGUUGAUGAAGAACCGCAAGAUCUUGAUUAUUACUCUGAAGUUGAAAUUUAUAGUGUAAAGGCCCAAACUUGGAAGAAGGUUGAUGACUUUCCCGAUCACUUCGUUUACCGUCCUGGGUCCGGUGUUGUUGUUGGUCGCGCUUUGCAUUGGUCGGUGAUCAGAAGAUCUGACACUUCGAACUGGAUUUUCGCCUUUGAUCUUGUGGCUGAAGAUCACCGUGAGUUGGCGCUUCCGGAUGACAAGGAUGUCAAGACUUCUCGUAUGAAAUUGGUGAACUUAGGAGGGUGCCUUUGUUUUGCGGUGUUAUGCAAUUACAAUCAGGAUUCUAAGAAAUCGGACCGGGUUGAUGUGUGGGUGAUGAGGGAAUAUGGGGUAAAGGAGUCUUGGAGUAAGCUUUUUUCGGUGGCACCAUCAAGUGUGACUGGCCCUUUCUGGUAUGUGGUUCCUGUUGCAUAUUUGAAGGGUGGUGAUCGGAUUCUAUUGGAUCAAGACGGUGAGAAAUUCCUUUUGUAUGAUGUGAAGAGGAAGAGAGUCAAGAAACUGAGGGGUUCUAGUUUUCCUAGAAUUUUUGACACGCUUGUUUGUGUGGGGAGCCUCGUUGGACUUGAUGGUGAUGAUGGAGAAGGCAGUGGUAAGAAAGCAGGGAAGAAGAGGAAAGGAAAGGAGCAGAGUGAUAAGAAGAGGGAUGAUUUCCUGUCCAAGGGAUUUAAACUGGUGUUGUAAAUAGAGCAGGAAGAGGACCAACCGAGGCUAAGGCUGCAGGGUUUUGUUGGGGUUUAGCUAAUGGAUUAAUCUCUAGAUGAAAUGAAAAAUAUGUUUAGCAGUGAAUGAAGACAAUGUUGAACUUUGCUAUAUCGUGUUUUUGGCAGUGUAUAUAUUGACGGUUAUGUUACUUGUAAUGUGCCUUUAACUUUUUUUGUGACUAGAAUGUAAUGGGAGAUGGUAUAUUUUGUUUUUGAUGGUUUUGUUGCCGGCAAUCA